AUGUCUCUCUACAAGCAAUUGAAUAAAUGCCUCAUCCCUUGUCACGAAGACUCAGAGUUCCUCCCACUAAGCGAAAUCAAUGCUAGAGUAACCGAAGCCAACAUCAAAGUGGAAAUCCCUGUCAGGAAGCGAUGCUUCUCGAAUCGCAGUCUGCCAAGAACGAUAUCAAACCAGGCCAGAAUCGUAUUUUCCAUCUUAGUUCUCAUUCAAGAAACGACCGCCAUUGUUAAUCUUGUUUGUCGGGAUAACAUCAGGGAUGAAGAUCUUCCUCUUACUAGACAAUCCGCCAAUGGAGAUGACGGAAAUGUCCUUAUAUCUCCCAAGACUGGCAAAACUUUCUCCUCAUUUUCGUUCUGGCCAAGGGAGGCGAGCGUGCGAGACUUUCUGAACUUUCAAUGGCUGGUACAAGCGCCUGUACUGGUCCUUUUCGGCCAGCAUCUGUUACUGGAUCCGAAAUGCCCUCUUCCUUUGAUAGAUUGUGUUAUGAAAUGCAAAAGUGGCCCGAACAGUGUGCUGCAUAAAUGCAAGAUCCACGGAGCUCACCAGACACUCUUCAAGGACAACCCUGAGCCCUAUGUUGCUGUCAAGGAGGUUGCCAACGAUGAGACUUUCGAGCAGGAAAAGGCAAACCUGGAGCUUACACAAUCCCUCAAGCAUGAACACCUUAUCAAAUUAAUCGCUACCUGUCAGAAGGGGCCCGUUUGCUACUUCAUAUUUCCUUGGGCCGACGGUGGAGAUCUGAGAGACUUUUGGAAAGCCAAUGACAGCAAAGAGCGCACCCAAGAACUCGUCUUGUGGUCUCUUCGCCAGAUGCUCGGCAUAGUCAGUGCAAUCCACGCCCUGCAUGGAAAAAAUACCCGACACGGAGAUAUCAAGCCACAAAACAUCCUUCAUUUUCUCAAAGCGCACGAUGGUGCUACCAUGGACAGUAGAGGAAGGCUGAUCCUUGCAGAUGUUGGAGUCUCCAAGAUCCACCGAGAGAUUACCAGCAUGAGGCAAGACCCCACGAACUGCCAGCAGUCCACAGUCACAUACGAAGCACCCGAAGCACAGCUAGAUCAACGCGAAGGCAAGGCAAAGGCAAGGAGUCGGCGGUAUGAUAUGUGGUCUCUAGGCUGUAUGUUCUUGGAAUUCACUGUCUGGCUCGUCUUUGACUACAGCACCAUCAGAAGCUUUAGAAAGUCGAGGCGUACCCGAGAUGAUCCCAAGGACGCGUUUGGAAGCUUCUUCGUUCAGACUCCAGACAAUGUGAUACAGAUCCACUCGGCAGUCAUUGAAGCUAUUGGUCACCUCCGGAGUCAGCCAUUUUGCGGCGAUAAUACUGCUUUGGCAGAUCUCAUCCUGCUUAUUGAAGAUGACCUAUUGCAAGUUGACGCUGAGAAACGGAUGGAAGCUCCGAAACUCUUUGAAAAGCUUGAAACAAUCACUCGUAAAGCCGAACAGAGCUCCGAUUACUUGUACCCAAUAUGA